CCUAGUUGAACACAAAAUUCCUCUCAACCUUCUUCCUCCGAGCAAGGCAGAAGAGCCCUAAUUUCAAAAUCAAAACUUUUCCAAAGCACUGUAAUUCUCCUCCUGUCCUCUCCUCCCAAUCGCCACCUGAACGAUCAAUUCUCUUAACCAUGAGAGGAACGAAACGUCUCGCGGCAUCCGAUACGAACCUGUUCUCCAGCGAUUCGAAUCAAAUUAAGAGAGUUGUGGGAGGGUCACCUUUUGAAGCUCGACAAGCAGAAACAUCUGAUCAACUGUCAGUGACAGCUCCACAGUUGGAUAUGCAACGGGCUGGAUCAUCUAGACAGCAUGUGAGAGCUCUCAAUACCCAGUUUGCAAGUUGGGUGCAAACACAAUUGCAGAACCACCCUGAUGAACUUUGGGAGGAUGGAGUCCAAGACUAUUUAAGCCAUGCUUCAUCCAUCAUGGAGAAAUUUAGUGACGUUGUGAACUGGUUAAAAGCAAAUGCUACCAAAGGACAGGGUAUAACUUCACUAGAAUUUCAGACUACUCAAAAGACAGUUGGAUCUGAAAAUAAAGAAAACAAUGUCAAAUUAUCUAUGGAGAAAUCUGUUUUUCCUAUGGCUAGUUCUUCUUCAAGCUUUGUGUCUUCCUGGAAUUCUGGUCCACUCUUUAAUAACAAAGCUCCAUUCUCAUUUGGACUUCAGACUUCCAUUCCUCAAAUUCAAACUACACUUCCUAUGAACAAUGACACUUCAAAUGAUGCUGAUGCUGAAGAUGAUGAGAAGCAGCCUAGCAGUCCAUCUGUGAAAAAGACUGAAGAAAAGGGAAUUUCUGUAGUCCAUGAAGUGAAAUGCAAACUAUAUGUCAAGUCUACUGAUCCAACAGAGAAAGAUGCAUGGAAGGAUAGAGGCACAGGUCAGCUCUCUAUUAAGUGCAAAGAAGGUGUUAGCAAGGGUACCCGAGAAUCCAAACCAACCAUUCUCAUACGCAAUGAUGUUGGUAAAGUGCUACUCAAUGCACUACUAUAUCCAGGCAUUAAAACAAAUAUGCAGAAGAAUUCCAUUGUCACAAUAUUCCAUAUAGCGGAUGGAGAGAAUAAUGAUAACGUGGUUGCACGGACCUGCUUGAUAAGAUUGAAAUCCAUGGAGGAUCGAGAUAAACUUGCGGAAGUCAUUGAGGAGCAUGCUCCCACUGCCUGAAAAUCCAAAUUCUGGUAGUAUCGAUUUUGUUGUAUUACUACACUUAUAACUCCAGGAGAAAAGCUGAGUGGAAAAAAACAAUCAUGCUUCCAAAUGAAAAUUUCCUGUGGAUUCAUAGUUAUUGUGUCAGUUCAAAAUCUGUUGCUAAUUCAUUUAGGAUCUGUUGCAGUUGUAUCAAUAGGCUUACAGUGUAUUAUUAUAUUGGAGAAAUAGUGUUCUCUAAAUGGGAAAGUGCUUUAUUGUUGUUUUA